CCGUGUUUGCACGGUGAAACCCGGCGGGGCUGCAGCAGGGCGACUGAACGCUCGCAGCACAGUGGACUCAGACGAAGAAGAGGAACGAGAAGAAGAAGAAUGAGAGGGGUAACUGAUAACCUGGCAGAUCAGCAGGUCGUCAGUGUGUGGGUACGUGAUCCACGGAUACAAAAACACGACUUCUGGCAUGCCUACAUGGACUAUGAAAUUUGUCUACACACCAGCAGUGUGUGCUUCACCAAGAAGACUUCAUGCGUGAGGAGGAGAUUCAGUGAGUUUGUCUGGCUCAGGCAGAAGCUUCAAGGAAACUCGAUGCUCAUGGAACAGUUACCGCAGCUGCCCCCGAAGAACCCCUUCUUCAGCCUGAACAACGCGCAACAGAUCUCGAGAAGGAUGAAGGGGCUCCAGGGGUUUUUGCAACAGAUCCUCCAGAACCCCCUGCUGUUGUCCGACAGCUGUCUACACCUUUUCCUGCAGUCGCAGCUCAGCGUGUGCAAGAUGGAGGCCUGCGCUGCCGGGAGAACCCGUUACUCGGUGGCCCAGGCCGUUCAGCGCGGCGGCUGUUCCCUAAGGCGCUUCUAUUCUGAGGAAGAGCUGCAGAAGAACCUCAGCACGUCCUGUGACUUUAACUCGGACAGCUCGGCGUUCACGGACGCGGAGACCGGCAGCGGUGACAGGACGUUAAACACAGCAGACAGCACGUCCCCGCUCGACGUAAUAAAAAGCAACCAGGGGGAAAGACUCGGCUGCUCGUCCGCCUCUCUAUGAAAAUACCACAACAUUUGCACUGACAGUAAUACGGGACCCUGCGGCUCGUACGCCUCUCCCCAAGGCCGCAGAGGAGAAAACGGCUUCGUUGCCCUGGCUCCUGCUGAACUUUUGAGGCGCUGUGGCGGUCUCACAGCGGAACUAAGUUACUGCGCCGUCGUCUUCUGUUUUUAACUGUAUAUAUCGUCCUCGUCUUUCGACCGACGCACUCGGCAGUACUCGAACUCCGCGCGUUGCUAUUAAUAAA